AUGUCGACAGAAACAGCCAUUCAUAUAUCUUCAAGUAUGCCUUUGAAACACGAAGGAUUCAUAAAUGACGAACCAAGCAAUAUCUAUAGGCAACACGAAUUUCCCUCACCACCUACAGAAUCCCUCAAACCACCAUCCCCAUCCAUCAACCCUUCCGCUCAACUCCCUUCGACCCCGACUAUAUCAACUCUCCACUUACCCAUACCACUCGUCUGUCUACCUUCGCACACACCUUCCAAAUCUACCAUCAUACCUUCCUUGCCCCACAACCCUAUAAACGGUGGCGGUGGAAUAGGGAGUAUACCGAGUUCGGUCAAAGAUCUGAGAAGUCUAGCUUCGUCUAUAGGACAUUCUACACUGAGACCUAUAUCUACGAAUGAAGGGGGGAGUACGAUAAGACCUGCACCUGGACUUGGUGGAAGUUUGAUUUCGUUUGGAGGUCAAUUGAGGAAUCUAGACAAAUCGUUUUUGAGACAGUUUGUAACUCGUUCGAAAGAGGGUAGUGACACUUCUUCUAGCACUGUUAGAUUGGAUGAACAUGGGAUGAUGGAUGGAAGAAGAUUGAGUGGGGAGAAGAAACCAGGGGGGAUAGAUGAGGUUGAUGUGGAGUGGUGUUUCUUCUGUGGUAAGGAGAGGAUAAGAGCUGAGAUGGGGUUAAGAGAGGUGAAUCUGGUGGAGAUGCUUUCUCCAACUGUGAUAGCACCAGGGAUGGCGGAGAGUAUACAAAAUGAAGAUGAAAAGGAGGGAGGAAAGAGUUGGCAGUGGGUUUGUAAGAGAUGUGAUCGGGAGUAA